CCGGAUAUUUGCUCAAGAAGCGAGUUACAUAUUAAAAGCAAUGGACAAGUUCCCGUUCCGAUAUUCAGAUUAUCUUCAGAAAAAAAGUCGGUGUUGUUCAACUGGGUGACAUCAGAAGUGAAGUUCCCCGAUGGGUAUGUUUCGAAUCUCUCUAGAUGUGUUGAAAAGGGUCAAAAGUUCUCCGGAAUGAAGAGUCAUGAUUGUCAUGUCUUUAUGCAACGACUACUGCCCUUUCCAUUUGCGGAGCUACUUUCAACAAACGUACAUGAAGCACUUGCAGGUAUUGGAGUAUUUUUCAGUGAUCUGAGCAUACGCACUCUUAAAGAAGAAGUUGUAGAACAGCUUCAGGAGAACAUUUCCAUCUUAUUGUGCAACUUGGAGAAGAUAUUUCCUCCCGGAUUUUUUGACGUCAUGGAGCAUCUAGCUGUCCACCUCCCAUAUGAGGCAUUGCUUCGUGGACCUGUACAUUAUGGAUGGAUGUAUCAGUAUGAGCGAGCCAUGAAAUAUUUGAAGGGAAAAGCAAAGAACCUCGCCAAAGUUGAAGGUUCUAUAAUUGCUGGAAGUUUGACGGAAGAAGUUUCUCACUUCACAUCGUACUACUUUGCGUCAAAAGUAUGUACCCGGAGAAGAGCUCCAAGAAGAUAUGAUGAUGGUGGUGUUGCGCCAGCAUAUGCAGUUGCUGGUGUUCCAGACAUCUUUAGCCAGAUUGGGUGACUCGGUGGGAAGUCUAAAGAGGUUUGGUGGUCGAGUCAACAAGACGCUCAUAGUGCACACACAUAUUCUAAUCAAUUGCGAGGAUCCAUUGAUGCGUUAUUUUGAAAG